AUGAGCGAAAGUAAUGAUGAAGUAGAGAAGGAACAGAAUACCAAGGAUCUUCAGUCAGAUACAGAAUCAGAUGAUCUCAAUCUCAUGACGGAUGACUCUACAUACAAAAAAGAGGAUCCAGGGCGUCUGCACUCCAUCACAGGUGCCAUGUCUGAAGAGGAGCUACAUAGAUAUGAAAAGUUUCGGGGAAGUGGAUUUCCAAAAGCUGCAAUUAAGAAGUAUAUAAGCAGUGUAAUAGGACAGGCAGUUAAUCCUAACUUUGUAAUUGCAGUCUGCGGACUUGCAAAGGUCUUUGUGGGAGAGAUGAUAGAAAUAGCAAAGAAGGUUCAGGAAGAGCGUCAUGAGGAAGGCCCUCUGCUUCCUUCACAUAUACAUGAGGCAUACAGGAGAUUGUAUAAAAAAAUCCCCAACACUAAAGUCUUCAAGAGAGCACCCUGGAAUACGUAG